GACCUACUGCGAUGGCAGGGCGAACACAAGUGCCUUGCGCAGUUGGUGAACGUGGACUUCGUGGUUAUGAGUGUCAAGGUGGAGCCUAAAGGAUCUCAUUCAGGCGGGCUUUGCCAGAAGCUCUGCACUGUGAAGGGCUAUGAUGGCUUUACCUGGACUUCGGAGGGAUGCUGGCUGAAAAAGCUAGGACCUGGAAUCACCAGCUUCCAGGCGCAGCCCCUACAGGGUGCCUAUUCGGGCUAUGCCUGUGCGAAGGUCGCCACCUAUUUGCCCUGGCUCACGGACGAGGCUCAACGGCACACCUUGAUCGGCGUGGGCCACGCGGGCGCCGCGCCAUUAGCGGCGGCCACAGGGUCCAUGCUGUGUGUGAUGUUGCUGAAGCCCUACUCUGCCGACCUCGACUUAGUCAUCGAACAGCAGAAGCUGGACAAGGGGAUUUUCUCUUGUGUCUUGGCUGGACAAGGGUCCCAGCCGGAGAACCCGAGCACGCCAACGUCCAUGACCAACUGA